CUUUGGAGCUGGCCUUAUAUUUGGAUCUCCCGGGCAGCUUUUUGGAAACUCCUAGUGAACAUGCUGUGCCUCAAGCCAGUGAAAUUAGGCUCCCUGGAGGUGGGACACGGGCAGCAUGGUGGAAUUUUGGCCUGUGGUCGUGCAGUCCAGGGGGCUGGAUGGCAUGCUGGACCCAAGCUCACCUCAGUGUCUGGGCCCAAUAAAGGUUUUGCCAAGGACGCAGCUUUCUAUACUGGCCGCUGUGAGGUGCAUAGCGUAAUGUCCAUGUUGUUCUACACUCUGAUCACUGCGUUUUUGAUCGGCGUACAGGCAGAACCGUACACAGAUAGCAAUGUCCCAGAAGGAGACUCUGUCCCUGAAGCCCACUGGACUAAACUUCAGCAUUCCCUUGACACAGCCCUCCGCAGAGCCCGCAGUGCCCCUACUGCACCAAUAGCUGCCCGCGUGACAGGGCAGACCCGCAACAUCACUGUGGACCCCAGACUGUUUAAGAAACGGAGACUCCACUCACCCCGUGUGCUGUUCAGCACCCAGCCUCCACCGACCUCUUCAGACACUCUGGAUCUAGACUUCCAGGCCCAUGGUACAAUCCCUUUCAACAGGACUCACCGGAGCAAGCGCUCAUCCACCCACCCAGUCUUCCACAUGGGGGAGUUCUCAGUGUGUGACAGUGUCAGUGUGUGGGUUGGAGAUAAGACCACAGCCACAGACAUCAAGGGCAAGGAGGUGACAGUGCUGGCCGAGGUGAACAUUAACAACAAUGUAUUCAGACAGUACUUUUUUGAGACCAAGUGCCGAGCCUCCAAUCCUGUUGAGAGUGGGUGCCGGGGCAUCGACUCCAAACACUGGAACUCAUACUGCACCACGACUCACACCUUCGUCAAGGCGUUGACAACAGAUGAGAAGCAGGCUGCCUGGAGGUUCAUCCGGAUAGACACAGCCUGUGUGUGUGUGCUCAGCAGGAAGGCUACAAGAAGAGGCUGACUUGCCUGCAGCCCCCUUCCCCACCUGCCCCCUCCACACUCUCCUGGGCCCCUCCCUACCUCAGCCUGUAAAUUAUUUUAAAUUAUAAGGACUGCAUGAUAAUUUAUCGUUUAUACAAUUUUAAAGACAUUAUUUAUUAAAUUUUCAAAGCAUCCUGUA